GAGGGACCUUCUGCGAACACAAAAGCCUGACGCCGCUGCUGUUAGUGGCAGAAAGCGACAGGCGGGGGAAGGAGCAGCUGGGUGACUGAGCCGCGGCGAUGAGGAGACCGCAGCAGCCGUGACAGACGUGGGAACCGACGCGCGAGAGAAGCAGCUGCGCUCGUGGAGAAGAGGAAGGAGUGGAGCACAUCAGGGGCUCGAGCUCAUGAGGCAUGGCCGUUUUCAACCAGCAAAACUUGGGGGACUUCUACGAUGUCGGAGAGGCACUGGGAAGCGGCCAGUUCGCCGUCGUCAAGCGCUGCACGGAGAAGAGCACGGGCGCCGUGUUCGCCGCCAAGUUCAUCAAGAAGCGCCUGCACCACGUCAGCAGGCGCGGCGUGAGCCGGGAGGAGGUGGUCCGCGAGGUGAGCAUCCUGCGGGAGCUGCAGCAUCCCAACAUCGUGUCGCUGCACGACGUGUACGAGACGCGCACGGACGUGGUGCUCGUCCUGGAACUGGUCUCCGGAGGGGAGCUGUUCGACUUCCUAGCUCAGAAGGAGUCGCUGUGUGAAGAGGAGGCCACGCAGUUCAUCAAGCAGGUCCUCGAUGGAGUCCAGUACCUCCACUCCAAGAGAAUCGCACACUUUGACCUCAAGCCUGAAAACAUAAUGCUGCUGGACAGGAACGCACCGCUACCUCGCAUUAAAAUCAUAGACUUCGGGCUGGCGCGCAAGAUCGAGGCCGGCGCCGACUUCAAGAACAUUUUCGGGACCCCCGAGUUCGUCGCUCCAGAGAUAGUCAAUUAUGAGCCGCUGGGGCUGGAGGCAGACAUGUGGAGCAUUGGAGUCAUCACGUACAUACUCCUGAGCGGCGCGUCGCCCUUCCUCGGCGACUCGAAGCAGGAGACGCUGGGCAACAUCUCGGCGGUGAGCUACGACUUCGACGACGAGCUCUUCAGCAACACCAGCGAGAUGGCCAAGAGCUUCAUCAGGCAGCUGCUGGAGAAGAACACCAGGAAACGGAUGACCAUUCACGACGCCCUCAACCAUCCUUGGAUUAAGCCUCUGAAUCCCAGACAGGCCAUGGUGAAGAGGUUGUCCGUGAUCAACCUGGACAACUUUAAGAGGCAGUACGCCAGGCGCAGGUGGAAGCUGUCGUUCAGAAUCGUGGCCCUGUGCAACCACCUCACAAGGAUCAUGAAGAAAGGCAACAACCUGCAACCUGAGCAGGAGGGGAGGGAUUGUGAAAGUGACCAAGAAGAAGAAGUCCUGAAGAGGAGGCCGCGGACCCGAAAGAGAAGCAGCACUUCCUGAAGCGACCGCAGCGUCGGCCGACGUCCUGGUUGCAGUGCGGCUGCUCGGCCGCUCGCUCGCGGACGUUACUGCCUCUGUGACUGACGGGCGGCGCCGUGUCCGCUCGUCUUUUCCUCCUCAGAGCCCGGCACAUCACUGCGUCUGCUGUAUGUUACACCCACCCUGCCUUUUGAACCUUAGAGCCGCUCAGAGAAAUGCCCCAGCAUGUCCACAGCCUUCUAAUAUGUACAGUCUUAACCCCCCCCUGACUCGUUUGGUUUCCAUUCACAGUAAAAGUCUUCAUUGUGCUGCUGUAAUGACAGACUCUUAAGUGUUUACAUGUUAUUCUGCUAACUGUUAUCGAUGUUUGAGGACUUCACAGUAGUUUACUGUGGUAAAUUCCUGAAGCCUGUACAAUUUUGCAUAACCACCUGUGGACUGUAGCAUAUUAGAAAUUUUUGGAAAUGACCCACAUUCAAUGAAACAACAAUUUUUUAGCAUUUCACUGUUUUAUAUACUUAUCUAUGUAAAGGUUUUACAACCGAUUUAUUAAGACGUUAUUAAGUCUUAUUGUACUUUGUAUUUAUGGUGUAAAUAUACAAAACAUACUGCUGGUUGAAUGUCUUAAGGUUCUGUUAUAGUUUUGUCUUAGCUCAUUAAAAUGGUAAUUCACCACUUCAGGCA